AUGGAGUAUGAAAUUGCCAGAGUUUUGGAAGCGGAAGGGUAUAAAUCAAUAAAUGAAGUCGUUUAUUUGCCGCAUAACAUUGAAUUAUUUCAAAAUAUUUUGAAAUCAAGACAUAUUGUGAGUUUUGAAUUCAUCUAUUUUGUCUUAUUUAACUUUUUAUUCAUAGAUCAUUUCAUUUUUUGUAGGAUAAGGCGUUGGAAGUUCACAAAACCGAAUUAGAAAGCGAAGAAUUGACAGAGUUUUUUGAGAAAAUGUCAAAACUCCACUUUUUUGUGAAAUUGAGGGAUUCGAUUUUUCGCGGAAAUUUCAAAUUUGUGCAGAUUCGAUUUGAUAUAAAGGUGAGUGUUUUUGAAAAUAUUGACAAAAAUAUUGUGAAAAUCUUGAUAUUGAUUCUGAAAAUGAAAAGAUUUCAUGUGAAUGUAAAAAAAUUAUUUCGGAAGCAGAAUGUUGUCAAGCGUGUUCCUGAAAAUUGAUGUUUUCUUUACAAACUUCAAGAUCUGGUUCUAUGCGAUAUUCAGAGUUGCGCUUGAAAUAUCAAAUUUUAUGUGUUGCUGUUAGAACCCGUUUGUUCUGCUUCAUAGUUUGUAGAAAACUUAUAAUCCACACUCAUCAACCAAGCAUCACGACAAAUUUUUCAGACAUCAUCUCGCUUCGCACCUCAACUCAACAAAGCAUUUUUCGUGAUGAAAAUCCGAACAACCGAUGGUGAAACAACAGUUCGUCUAACUUAUAAAAUGAUUCAAAAAAUGAUCGACGAACUUCAAAAUGCUUUUGCAAUUUUGAGAAAAUCAGCAGCCACUCGACCAACACUUCUUGCUUAA